AUGGAGGAUGUUUAUGUCGAAGGGGUGGAGAAGAUGGACCUCUUCAGGCUGCGUCGGCAGAAGAAGAAGGUGAACUUGGCCGUGCAUCGGCAGGAGGUCCCCCUGGUGAACGUCUUCCUGGAAGGCAUGAAGUGUGACCCAGAGGUUCUGGCAAGGACGCCGGCCACUUCAUAUGCAGAUCGGGCCCAGAAGACGUUUCUUACCCAUGCCUAUGCCUAUGGCGAGAUGUACGUGAACAUGGCCAAGGCAGAUAAGGAGAUCCAGAGGUUGAAGAGGCGCAACGAGAUGGCCAAGGACAAGAUAGCGGAGGCGCAGGAUGCCAUCCGGGAGAAGAACGCCAUGCUGUUAUGGUGGGACGUGUUUGGAGCAGAGGAGCUGCGUUGGGAGCAGAGGUUGGCGAGGUUCAACCCUUCGGUGGAGAUUAACUUUGAUACGAGUGGCGAGCCUCCUUCACCUAGUCCUAGCACCGAUGCCACUCCAAAGCCAGAGCCAGCCACUAUGGAUACCCCUUCCACCAAGUCUUGA